AUGGGACAGAAGGCCCAUCUCCACUCAAAGCAAAGAAACUCCCCUGAAAGUAUCCAAAAUCGCUACGAAUGGGUUAAGAAAUGGGAGCAAACAGAUAUGGACUACAUGUCUAACUGCGUCUUCCUUGAUGAAUCUGCUUUCCAUAUCAACCUGAAGCGAACAAUGGCUUGGUCUGAGAGGGGAACUCGCGCUGAGGUAAUUGUUCCUGUAACGAGGACCAACACCACAGCUAUUCUCGGUGCAGUAAGUGUUUGGGGCAUUAUCAAUGUUCAAGUAAGAAUACCAGGUGCCUCUGUUAAGAAAAGAAAGAUAGGUGGAGGCUCUGGCAAAACACUGGAUGUUUUGGAUAAGGAUGAUAGGUUCAAAGGCUUCUAUAUCAUAAUGGAUAAUGCGCCUCUUCAUACGGCCGAUGACAUUGAAAGAUAUAUCAUUCAGCAAGGCUAUAGAUGUGUAUAUCUUCCUCCAUACUCUCCUGAGCUAAACCCUAUUGAACAAUUUUGGCAUGUCGUAAAAAGCAAGCUGAAAAGAGAAAGGUUAUUGUCAGACGAGAACCUCACUAGUAGAAUAGCUGAUGCAUGUAACAGUGUUCUGUAUAGCGAUCUUGAGGGAUCUGCUCGUUAUUCUGUCAACAAAUUUGAGGCAUGCUUGAAUAAACAGCCUUUGUAG